AUGGCCGAGGGAUCUCUAGCCUCCGCAGUAUCGGUGCCUGAGCCGGAACCAGAGCCGUUGCUUGCUUCACCAGAAGGGGGAUUGAAGCGGAGGAAAUCAUCUGUCUCUGACACUGAUAGCAAAAGGCGCCGACUCAGUGCCACUCAGGAUGAGCGCGUCGCAUCACCGCAGGAUACGAGGCGAUCACCACCACCCGCGCCUGAGACUUCGACUUCGACAUCGGCGCCGGCGGCAGAACGGAGGACAGGAAGACGCGGGGGCGAUGACGCUGCCGAGGAGCGCAGGCGUGGCCAGCGGCUGUUUGGCGCGCUGCUGGGAACAUUGUCACAGAGCUCAUCUACAGCAGCACAGAAGCGACGCGCGGACAUCGAGAAGCGGCAACAGGCCAAGUUGAAGAUGCAGGAUGAAGAGUACGGCGAAAUGCAGCGGAAGAAGCGCGAAGAGCUGAUUGCGCAGCGGAAGAGGCAACAAAGGACCUUGGAAAGGGAAGCGAUGAAAACUCGGCACGCGAAUAUGUUGGCUAUGGCGCAAUUUCUGAAGACAAAAACGGAGCCAGUGCUGAUCGUCCAUCUACAGUACUAUAAACCGUGGCUGCUGCGACCCGAGGAAGAAGAUAUUAUUCAAGAUCAGAUCGAGGAGGCAGAAAGGAUCAUCGCCAAAGAGGAAGCGGAAUUUGAACGACGCUAUCCACCCGAAGAAGAGGAGUCUAAAAUAACAGAACAACAGGAUCUGAACGGCAAUGAAGAUACUGAGCCGGCGCAAGGCCAGGGUGAAUCGAAGGAGGCAAAUGGAACAGUUUCCGAGACAGCGGACACGGUGGGUGCUACUGACCAACACGACAAAGGCGCUGAAGCUCCUAGGACUGAUCCUACAUCUACAUCUACUAAUGAUCAUGACAAUGCCGGCCCCGUCGACUCUUCCCAGCCUGAGGCAUCUAGAGGACACGAGGACGAAGUGGUGGAGGAGGACAAAGAAGAUACAGUCAUCUACUAA